GGUGCAUCGCGCACACGCGUACACCGCUCUCGUUCGCUCGAUCCGUUUUGUCCGUCGCAGGCGCCGUGUCGUCCGGUCCGCUAGCCGCGCGUGUAUAUGUGUAUUUUUCGUUCGUUUAUUUUAUAGAUAUUAUUAGGUAAAACGGUUUUGAUUUUUGGUCCGUUUUUACAAUGUUUAUUCGGUUGGCGAUUUACGCGAUCACGCGGUAAUACUACUAAUACAGCAAUAAUCGUCAUCGGCAGACUCGUCCACAAACUACCUCCGCUCGGCGUACAAAUAUUAUAUAAAUGGAGCACGAGCUUGACUGUUAAUUACACAAUUUCAGAAGAUCGACAAUAAUAUGUCAUCCAUCGGAUCUGAAGACCGACCAUUCAUAUUCCGCGUCAACGAUAACGGCACUGGCCCAGUUCUGCUCAUACAGGUGUGCCAAGAACGUGGCUGGAAAGAAUACGAAGGAACUAAGAGCGGAGAUUCUGCAUGGUCGGUGCCGGCGGACGAGUAUUGGAAUCUAUGGUGGAAAUCGACCGGAUUCUCGUUGUCACACUAUAAACAGCAGAAAAUAUGGCAGUUCAACAACCAUAUACCCAGUGGAUCAGCAUUAUGCCGGAAGGACAACUUGUGGCGGUAUUUGAAAUGCAUGAAGAAUAUAUUCGGCACUUCACUAUUCGGGUUCAGCCCAGACUCCUACAACCUACCAUUAGAGUAUACAAAGUUAGCUGCCGAAUGUAGUCACGACACCGACGUCGGUGAAAAAUCGAUUUGGAUAUGCAAACCUGUUGGCCAAAGUCAAGGAAAAGGCAUAUCUUUAAUUUCGCAAAUUGGUGAGCUCGUAUAUGACACCAACAUCGUGGUCCAGAGGUACGUGAAGAAUCCUAUGCUCAUUGGUGGAUACAAGUAUGAUUUGCGGCUGUACGUUCUGGUACCAUCAUUCCAUCCACUCACCAUAUACGUCUACAGGGAGGGAUUGACCCGUUUCAGUACCGACAAGUAUUCGCUGAAUAACCUCGACAACCAUUUUGCGCACCUGACCAAUAGUUCGAUCAAUAAGCUGGGUCCAAACUAUUCAGAAACCAAAGAAAAAAUCGGACUGGGAUGCAAGUGGACAUUCCAACAACUUCGACAGCACAUACGCCAAGCCGGUGUCAAUGAUUGGUUGUUGUGGCAAAAGAUAUCAGUUCUCGUUAGUCUCACGUUGGCCAGCCAAUGUACAGGCAUACCGAGCACGUCAAAUUGUUUCGAGUUAUAUGGUUUUGACAUAUUAGUCGAUUCUGAUCUAAAGCCUUGGCUUCUGGAGGUGAACCUCAGUCCUGCGCUGGGCAACGAUUGCGACGUGGACAAUCGUGUGAAAAAGCCGCUGUUGCACGACAUGUUCGACCUGCUCGGACUGCCGAUGUGCAACACCGGUCUGUCACUAUUCCGGAUGGCGUGCAGGUCGGCGUCGGGCCCGCGGUUCGGCGAUGGACGGCCGACAGCGUUGGCCGCCGCAGCCACGGAGAAGUGGAAGUCGAAACGCAAGGCGAACAACAACAACAACAACAACAAUAACAACAACGCCGCCGCCAACAACAACAACAACGUUAACAACACGAACGCCGCGAAGAAGGACGGUGCGGCGGCGGCGGCGGUGACGUCGACCGCACAGACGCAGUCAUCCGCGCGGCAAUCAACGCUGUACGGCCCGGGCAAGCAGCGCGGUGCGACCACAGCCCAAGCGGCAGCAGCCGCCGACUUGUGCAACGCGCCUUUCUCGUCGCCGGUCUGGGGCAACGGCCGGGACUGGAGUAGGCCCGCCGAUUCGGAGGGCGACUGGGUCCGGGUGUUCCCGUUUGUGCCGUCGCCACGGCAGUUAACGCGCGCCGGCAUCCGACCGCCGCCGCAGCAGCAACAACAGUUCGCCCGCCGGUCUGCGUCGUCGUCGUCGUCGCCGUCGUCCGACACGGACUCGGCUCGGGCCGCCAUCAAAACCAUUCAAGAGUACUUGAAGUGUUGCAAGAAGGUGGCCAGGUCGUGCGAGGGCCUGUCGGUCGUGCCGGACGAAGAGCUCAACGACAAGCUCAGAGAUCUGUUCCCGGCCGCGACCAAGACGUGGCUGCCGCCCCUCUGAAAGACUUUAUGAUGUAUCGUAUUUUCGCCGUACGUCGUACGUACACCGCACGCCAUCUCUUACCUACUUAAAACGUAUAAUUAAUAUAACGCGUUAUGUUUUGAUAUCGAUUGUUAUUGUGUACAUCAUACUAUCGUUGUUUACGUCAUAAUAUUAUUGUUAAUAUAAUACCGGUCAUAUAUAUUUUUUCUAUAAUAUUAAUUGUCGACGAAUACGGUUAUUUCGAAUUAUUAUUAACUAUCAUGUUAUAAUGUAGCUAGGUAGGUAAAAAAUUAUUGUAAUUUAUUUAUUUAUUUUUUUUUUUUUUUUACUCUUCUCGCUCUUUCUAAAUUGUAUUAAAUUAAACAUUUAAAACGCAAUAUCUUAUGCUGCGUAAUAAAAAUGUAUUCUCCGAACAGAAACGCAGUCGUUCUUAUGUAUUAUUUUCCACGAUGGACUAAUAAUAUUAUAAUAUAUCUAUAUUUCGGGUACUUCGCUGCGGAUGACACGUUGCCCAUCAUAAUGUACCUGCAGUAUAUUAUAAUAUAUAAUUCAUGUAUAAUAGUAUAAAACAAUAUGUUAUGUAACGCGUUUGUCACUUUACCGUGAUAGGUUAUACCAUUUGAUUCGAUUAGUGUACUAUAUUUCUUUCAACGCUAUACCUAUAAUAAAUUGUAUUUACAAAUAAUAUGAGUCGUAACAUCAACUUAUUUACGAUGUAUAUUAUUAUUAUUGGU